UGUGUCAGUUUUCGCAUGUAAACAAACUAAAAAAAAUAUUUUUUAUCAAAAACUUGAAAUUUUUUACAAAAAUUUUUACUAAAAAUGUUCAAUACUGACUUAUACGAGCAUCAGGACCCAGAAUUAAUCUACAUAAUCGAAAACGAACUCCAAAAAGAUGACUUUUCAGAAGAUUUCCAAGCAUUAAAACUCGAAUUUGAGUCCCAAAUCGUCAAAAAAUGCCGUUGCACGGAAGAUUGUACCACAAAUUGCCUUCACGGAGGGAAUUAUCUCCCAAAUUCAUCAUCAAAUGACUUAAUUUUGAACGAAAAUCGCAAAUCCCUCGAUGUCCUUUACGAAUGUAACUCGCUUUGUGAGUGUUCCUUCGACUGCCGGAACCGUCUAGUAGUCUUCGGACCCCGAAAAUCUUUGAAAAUUGUCGAUUUUGGUGCUAAAGGCAAAGGCCUCAUCACAGAAACUGCCAUUCCCAAAGGAGCUUUUGUCUGUGAAUAUGCCGGCGAGGUACUAACAAAGGCGGAAGCGAUCAAAAGAAAUGCCAAAAAUGACGAAAAUGGUCUCAUGAACUACAUUAUUUGCCUAAAUGAAGCCAGAAACGACGGAAAAUCCGGAAAAACAUUACAAACGUUCAUCGAUCCCAGUAGAAAAGGCAACAUUGGACGCUAUUUGAACCACAGUUGUGAUCCGAACUGCACAAUUAUCAGUGUGAGGAUUGAUUCUCCGGUGCCAAAGUUGGGAAUUUUUGCUAAAAAUGACAUAAAAGCGGGAGAUGAGCUCACGUUUCACUACGGAGGCGAGACUCCGAGCACGGAAAUGCCUGAAAAUGCAAAGAAAUGUCUUUGUAAAGCGGAAAAUUGUAUGAAAUUUCUGCCAAAUUGGAAGUUUUAAUAAAAAAUUAUCAACUUUCAGUUUGAAAAAAUUAAUUUUAGUUCGAAAAAACACCGCUAGAGGGCGAAUUUGACAGCUGAAAAAAUCAA